AUGGGAUACUACUUGUGCGACGGCAUAUAUUCGAAGUGGAGUUGCUUCGUCAAGAGUCCAUCGACCAAUCCAAAUGAGGCGAGGUUUAAGAAGAUGCAAGAAUCGAUACGGAAUGAUGUCGAACGUGCCUUUGGAGUGUUUCAAGCUUGCUGGGGAAUCAUUCCAAGUCCGACGCGGGGUUGGUACGUCGAGCAUCUCAAGGACAUCAUGAUGUGUUGCAUCACUCUCCACAACAUGAUUGUGGAGGACGAAGGUGAAAGAGCUACCAAUUGGAGAGAUGACGAUGCAGGACACGGGGUGUCUAGCAGUGACUCGACGGAGAGUGCUCAAGCAACCCCGGUUUGUUUUGAGCAAUAUGUGCAAAGAGAUUCACUUCUCCGAGAUAUGCAGAUACAAGCUCAGCUCCAAAAUUAUUUGAUCGAGCACGUUUGGGCACAUUUCGGAUCUCUAGCGCCGGAAUAG